CAGGAACAUGCUGCCACUGUGCCAAUUUGUCUCCAAUUGCCAAACUACUCUGAAGUCAGAUAAGAAAAUACAAUCUAGCACAACAUGAGUGACGUGGUUGCGACCACACCUUCCCCUGCUCAGAAGAAGCUACAGAGAGCUGUGUGGUUUUUUCGCACUGGAGACCUUACUGCAUGGAACUAUGCAAUAUUGGCCCUCUCCUUUGUUGGAUUGUUCUUGGGACUUUAUCUUCUGAGUCGAAACAUCAUGGGCAACAAGAGACGCAAGCUGAUAGCCAUGUAUCAGAAAGCUGAUGGAGAUGCAGAGUCAUCGGAGGUUGAUAACAAACAAGCUAUUGUGAAUUUGGAGAAGGGCGAUCCAACAGAGGAUUCUCCACUGAAAAAGGAACCUGGGCCAGGCGAUAUCACAGUGCAGUGGAAAGAUGGACAAAUCACAUCAUUGUACACAGAGACACCAGAGGCAGACGUAUAGAAACUUAAGGACAUAUUUAUUUACAUCACACUGGAGCAGCAUGUGUGGACAGGUCUCUAGAAAACAAAAUGAUAAUAAUUCUGUGGUAGGAGAAAAAAAGAUCUCUAAU